AUGAAUCAAUCAGCAUUCCGGGUGCCUUUCCGCUCGGUGUUUACCUGGCUGCUGCUUGGGGCCUCCAUAACCCGCGCUCAGCUUCAUCUUUUCAAUCAGGGGACGCUACCAUUCUCAUCAGAAUGUAACAGCGCGAUGGCGGCACAGCUCGACUGCAGUGUCCUUGAGACGGGGGGUACCAUGUACACGCGGGACGCUGAGCUCACAGUUGACAUUUUAGACGGAAUGUGUACUGAGCAGUGCAAAGCGUCACUAAAGGCCUACCGAGAGGCGGUCGAGGCCGCCUGCGUGCACGAUGAGAAUGGCGAAUACUGCAGCCUGAAGCUCCAGGAAGCUGAUAGCAUUGAUCACUGCGGCAAAUGCAACCUAUGGACGUUCAGGGAGAAGCUCGACAAUGGUUACUUCGCUAAGAGCGAUCUCCUGGAGCAAUAUGCAUACCAGACUUCAAGCUGCGGAGUGACCACGAUCCCACCACCAACCCCUUCUAGUGUUUUGCUCUCUAGUGCACCGGCACCCACCGCCAGAAGGAGACCAUGCGCGGGCCGAAGAGUUCCAAUUCAGCCUGGUGAUACCUGUGACAGCUUUGCCUUAGCACACAACGUCAGCACCUAUCGCCUGCUGAUUGACAACGGGCUGCAAAGUGGAUGUACGGACUUUCCCACUAAGGGCUCGUUAUGCGUGAUUAGGACCUGCCAGACGCAUAAAGUUACUAAAAGCGACACGUGUCAGGGACUAGCGAGCAGAUAUAAUAUAACAAUCACGCAAUUUCGAACGUGGAAUCAGGUGCUCAAUGCCAGGUGUAGUAAUUUAGAUCUCCUUGUUGGACACAUCGCAUGUGUGGGAUACCCUGGGGAGGCAACAUCGACCGAGAAUCGAUAUGUGACAAAGCCAGCUGGGGGUACUGCCCCUGCAGCCGCCCCACCUCCAGCCAAUCUCGCCCCAGAGGUUAAUACCAACUGUGCCAAGUACUAUCAAGUGAAAGAGGGUGACUAUUGCGCGGUCAUAGCAAUGAAAAACGCGAUUGUCACCAAUGACUUCUACUUCCUGAACCCCGGGAUUGACAAGGAAGGUACCAACCUGCGGCCACAUUACAAUUACUGUGUAUACCCCGUUGGAAACAUCGAAACAUACCCCGGAUAUGCCGCAGUGACCGGCGGCCCAACAACCUCACGCUGGAUGCCAACAAUGCCUACCACAAUGAUUGAUCUCAAGGACUUACCUACGGCAACUUGGCGGCCCUGGACAUCUCUCCUCACAGCAACCACGCUCCCACUGGCCAACGGCACAAGGAAGGACUGCAAGGUGUACGAGGAUAACACGCGCGGCGAAAUCCCUUGCGACUGGCUAAGGGGCGUGAGGUCUCUUCUUAACUUUGAGGACUGGAACCCAUCUGUCGUCUGGUGGAACUGCACACUGGCGAACAACACCCGUUAUUGCGUGUCGCUGUGGGAUCCGGCUCUCGAGGAAGAUGACGAGGACGAAUGGGAUCUGGACCCUCCUGAGAACGCAGCGCCGGGCUCUACGGAAGAUUGCUAUUACUGGUACUCCACUGAAGAAGGAGACACCUGCGACAGCGUGCUGCAGUAUGGAAAUAUCGCGCUCGACGCUUUCUAUGCGUGGAACCCGAGUGUCAAAGAGGACUGUUAUAACAUGACGCUGAAUACUUCGUAUUGUGUCUGGGGCCCUGGGUAUCGUGACGCCUGCCCUAAAUUGUCCUGA